AGAGCUGGGGGGGGGGCACCCAGACUAUGUCGCUCCUGCAGAGAGCUGGAGGGGGGGCCAUCCAGAUCGAUGCCAGCCCUGCAGAGAGCCGGAGCAUCACCAUUCGAUUCCUCUAGCUUCUAAGGAGGGCUGACAUUCAUGGGCAGAGGCCUUGAAGUGAGUGGGAAAUGUUUAGGUUUCCUAGGCGAUAAGCCUCUGACUUUGGGGGAAGGAGGCCGACUGGGACUUCAUGUCCAGUAAGUAGCUGGAGGCGCCCCGCGACGCCAAUCCGACCUUAAAAUGACUGCUUUCUAACGGCCCUGCGUGCCUCCUUCCCGAAGAAAAGCAGGAAAAAGUCCACUCACCCCCUGGCUCCAGGUAAGGGCGACAGCUACUUAUUCCCACACUCUCCCGCCCGCGGCUCAACUCCUUCCUUUCCGAGACUAAAAACAGAAACUUUAUUCCCACUCUGAGCCGGGGACCUUGAGGGACCCAAUCAGUUGGGAAUAAGGCCUCCCGGAGCACUAACCAGAGCUCGCCGAGCUGGUAGCCCUCCGGGGUGCGUGCCCGAGCCAACGCCGUCAUUACCCAUUCCGGAAGGCCCGACACCCCGUCCCCUCCCCAGGGUGACCGGUCCUUGGAUUUCCAAGGCUUGCCCGGAGACAGCCCGGACCGCGGCCCCGCCCCUCACCGUCGCCCCGCCCCGUCCCGUGGGGGGCGGGGCCGAGGGUUUGGUAGCGUUCGAUUUGUAGCCCGCAGGAUUCUGCCGAUUGUCUCUGCUUUCGGCCGCUCGGCGAUCUGUCGUAGCCGCGGAGCUCAGGAUGUCCGGCCCCAACGGGGACCUGCCCAUGCCAGUGGAGCCUGGCGUCGGAGAAGAGGACGACUGCUUCGGGGAAGCAGGGAGAACAUCUCUGUCUCCUCUGCUCCCUCUGCCAGCAGUCCGGCCCACCCCCACUCUUAAGAGCCCGGGGUUCUCCGUCUAAGCUGGAGGUGCUGCCGACUCCGGGUGGAAAGACUGGGGAAUCCCAGAGUGGGGUCCCGACCCUUCUCGUUUGGAUUGGUCCCCGGCCAGGGCAUAAAAAUGGAGCCCGAGGGGUCUGAAGGGGCACAAGAAUAUGCAGCCAUUAACUCCAUGUUGGACCAGAUCAAUACUUGCUUGGAUCACCUGGAGGAGAAGAAUGACCAUCUUCACGCCCGCCUCCAGGAGCUGCUAGAAUCCAACCGGCAAACAAGAGUGGAGUUCCAGCAGCAGCAGCAGCAGCAGCAGCAGCAACAGGAGCAGGAGCAGGAGCAGCAGCUCCGUGAGGGUCCACCUGCCACUCAGCCCCACUCAUAGGCCCUAGGGGACGUCAUCCCCUUAUCCUUCCCUUUCCACAGCAGCCUCAGGAGCUCCUGCCCUGGAGAAGGCAUUUGCUGGGUGAGUCAGUGACUCUAGUCUCUUCUUAUAAGGGCAAAGAUGCUCUCCCAGCCACAGGCUGUGAACACCAUCUGAAAGGCUGCAGACCUGGUUAAGCUUGGGUCCUAGUCUGUUGUUUCCCUCAUUUAUAGCUCCUGAUCCCCAGGCCCAGCUGUCCGCAUUUACUCCCAGAGGAUCACCAAGGACUGUAGUAACUGCCAACCCAACCUAAGGGUAGGAGAUUGACAGAAUCUAGUCCCUCCAACCCCAAUAAAAUUAAGCACCUCGACCUGGGGUCAGUUUGGGAGAUAGGGAUUCAUUGUCAUUAAAUAGAUGUCUUUCACUGUG